AAGCAUGGCGGAUAAAGGAAAUCGAAAAGAUGCAACCCCUCCUCCUUUGCUUCUAAUGCCCCCAGGAGAUGGGCUUACCAUGAACGCAUCAAUAGGAUCUAAUGUCCUUUUACCUAUAGUCAAUACUGAAGCCUCGUUGAUGUCCCCAGAUGAUGGAGAGGCAGACAGUUUUGUUGGUCAAACACUCCCGAUGCAGUCUCCAGAGGGACCAUUACCAAAAAGUAGUCAGCCGAGUAGUAGUUCUAGUACACUUGGUGGCCUGUUCUCAAUGUUUCAGUCAACGCCUAACACUUCAGCUGCUGCAGAUGCUGAUCCUUUCUCGCAAGUGAGACAGCCAGACCCCAACCAGACGUCCAGCAGAGCACCUCCAUCAAUAGGAGGACCACUUGCAGCACUCUCUGGUCCAAGUUUCUCGCCAUGGAAAUCCAGUUCCAGCAGUCAGAGUGGUUCCUCGACACCUGAAAGGCGGGGGUCUGCCCCCCAGGGAAUGGGGAUGUAUGGAACACAAACGAUUGGAACUCCUCAGUCGUCUGCUGGUGCUAUGGGGUACAACAGUGGCCCACCCAUGACCUCAUCUUUUAGUGCUCCCUCCACAAAUGUUGGGCAGUAUGGAGCUCCAUUGUCUGGUGUUGGACAGGUCAAUGUUCCUCCAAACAGUAUGGGACAGUUUGGUGGUCCUCCUCCUGUCGGUCUUCCACCCACAGCUUCUAGUACUCCGAACUUCCACAGGAUCCAGGGACCACCUCGAUAUGCUCAGCCACCGCCAGGCACCUAUGCCGGCACUACUUCCCAGUCACAACUGCCACCUCUGUCGCAACCACCCUUUAGCUCCAGCAUGUCAAGUACAGGAAAUCUGCCUGUAGCAGAGGUUACGCCCAUGGUCAGUACACCUAGCAGCAGUAUGAGUGAUGCAGUCUUGUUGACCCCACUGCAGCCCGGCGGUGCCAUGAUUGGAAGCCAGAAAUUGUACGUCCCCGUACAACCUCAUUGGUACUUCUGUAAGGUUGUUGAACAUCGUGCCAUAUGGUUUCCCAUGUCUCUCUUGGACUCGGUCAAGUUGGAGGAUGCGUUUAGAAAAGGUGGCGAGUUCAGCACUCCUGUGGUCAUAGCAACUGAUGGUGGACGGUAUGAUGUGAAUAUUGGUGAGCGUCAACGCUGUGCCGUCUACUGGGACGAAGCCCCUACUGAAGUGAGACGGUGUAUGUGGUUCUAUAAGUCGGAAGGUGACAACCGAUUUAUACCGUACGAUGAAGAGUUUGCUGGAAAACUAGAGGAAGAGUACAAGGUUGCACUUCUGAGCAAUGUGUGGCAUAAACGGCUCGAGUUCCCUGGCGGAGAGACGAUAGUGAUGCAUAACCCCAAUGUGAUUGUCCACUUCAGGCCAUCUUCUCUUCCCGAUGAAUGGGGGACCACACAGGUAGCGAAUGAUGGUCAGAUGCGCCCACGGGUUGUGAAGAGAGGAAUCGAAGACACAGACACAAUCGAUGAUGGCGAGCCGACCAAAGUAGACCAUGUUGUAUUUGUUUGUCACGGCAUUGGAUCAAUAUGUGACCUCCGACUCAGAAGUCUAGUCGAAUGUGUUGAUAAUUUACGUUCAAAUUCACUGAUGCUGUUGCGCUCGCAUUUCAAGAGACCCCAGGAUGAUGGGCAUAUCGGCAGGGUGGAAUACCUUCCAGUUCACUGGCAUGCCCCACUUCAUGGCGAUGCCACUGGAGUAGAUAGGAAUUUAAAGCGAAUUACACUGAAGAGUAUACCAAAGCUCCGUCAUUAUACUAAUGAUACACUCUUGGAUAUACUCUUCUACACCAGUCCAAAAUACUGCCAGAUGAUUGUCGACACAGUGGCAGGGAAAAUGAACCGACUGUACAAACUCUUCCUGGAGAGGAACCCAGACUUCAAGGGAAAAGUCUCUGUAGCGGGUCACAGUUUAGGCUCUGCUAUUCUGUUCGAUUUACUGUGCCAUCAAACCAAUGCCAAAGACGUCACGGAGGAACGGCCCUCUGAACCAGUGCUUCCUGAUACACUUACAUUAGAAAGUGAUGAGGUCCCUGAAAGUGUACCCGAGUUGGGAGAUGCAGAACCGGCUGAGGAAGAAGUUCUCACGAUCGAAGCACUCCUCGAGAAACUUGGACUCAUGAACUUCUUGGAUACAUUCAAGAAUGAGCAAAUUGACUUGGAAACAUUGGAAAUGUGUGGGGAGGGUGACAUAAAGGAACUUGGCCUCCCGAUGGGUCCCAGGAAGAAGAUCCAGGGAUUUGUGCGAGACCAUAAAGAAAAGAAGGCGCAGAAAAACAAGGCAGCAGAGGUGAAAGCCAAGCGAGAAGCUACUCGCAGAGUGGCUGAGGAGACCAAGAGGAGGUUGCAGGAAGAACAAGCUGAGUUAGAGAAAGUGAAUGGGGCAGAUGUUCAAGUUCGGGAUCCUCUGAUACGUGAGGCGUCUAGAUCGUCAAUGAAUUUCCUGAUGGGAAAAGCCGGCACCGGACAACCGUAUGUGACCUAUCCUCACAUUGACUUUGAGCCAGCGAACUUCUUCGCUCUAGGUUCGCCUAUAGCACUGUUCUUAUCAACAAGGGGAAUGACGGAAAUUGGGGAAGAUUUCAAGCUGCCGUCUGCUACGGGUGUCUUCAACAUCUUCCAUCCGUUUGAUCCUGUUGCAUAUAGAAUUGAACCACUGAUUCAGGGGGACUUUUGUAACAUCAAGCCAGUGCUUAUUCCUCAUCACAAAGGAAGAAAAAGGUUGCAUUUAGAGCUGAAAGAAAGCCUUGCUCGUGUUGGUGCUGAUUUGAAACAGAAGCUGAUUGAUUCAGUGAAGUACACGUGGAAUUCGAUCAACGACUUUGCUCGAGCCCAUCGAUCAACGGCACAGGAAGUCGAGUCGGAGAUUGAUGAAGUCAUACAAGAGGUUUCUGCAACGAACAUCGAAACUGACAAAUCUGAUUUGGGAUCCACCACUGAGUCAGUCAACACAGAAGAGGACCUUCAGAUCGGCCAGCUGAACUACGGUAGGAGGAUAGAUUACGUGCUGCAAGAGAAGCCCAUAGAAAGCUUCAACGACUACUUAUUUGCUCUUUCAAGCCAUGGAUGUUAUUGGGAAUCUGAAGACACUGCCCUCAUGAUACUGAAGGAGACAUAUGCCCUGCUUGGAGUGCUCCCAGAGCUCAAAGGACCUCAGUCCACACCAAAGAAAAUGUCAGCUCCGCCAAUGUAUGCACCGCCCCUUGGACCAUAUGGCCAGCAGCGACCACUGGGCAUGGUAGCACCUCAGGGACCUUACAACAAUGGACCACCUCCGAUGGGAAUGCCACCUAUGGGUCGACCUCCCAUGUCAGGUGCUCCUCCAAUGUCAGCCCCUCCAAUGUCUGGCCCUCCUCCAAUGUCUGGCCCUCCUCCUAUGUCAGCCCCCCCAAUGUCGGGCCCUCCUCCACUGAGUGGGUUUGUGCGCAAAUGAGUCUGGCGAUGUAGGCCAAUGAUACAUGCAUGCUGAUCUAUUCCUGUGAGUGUAACAGUGUAUAGCAAGCAACCUAGUCAAUAGGUCACCAGCAAAACUACAGCUGUCGGGAUGUUGCACUGACCGUCGCUAGGAAGCGUACCCUGGUGAAAAUCAGCUCUCCCUCUUCUUGGGAUGCCGAAACAUUCUUGGGAGUGAAUGUGUUGCAAUUGAGUGGGUCCAUUGCAUUUUCAAUAAAUUGGUGAUUGACAUAGUUGCCAUUUUCAAAAUAUGAGUUAUGUCAGCUUUGAACAUAGCUUUGAAGGGAAGAAUCAAUUAAUUUAUGACUGUAGUGCAGGAUGUAACAAAUAUAGUGAUUGGUCAAACAAAGAAUGGUUGAUUUGAAACUGUCAAUGAAAGGGGUUUUAUCAUCUAUGUACCUUCCUUUGCAUUUGUGUUUUUUUGAAAAAAAUCAGGACCCCCUUCCAUUAAGUUGUAAAUAUGGAGAAGUGGUGCUUUGGGAUUUUAUUUUUUGUAAAAAUGUUUUAAAUUGCUAAGAACUUUCGCUGGUUGUCUUUACAGCAGAUAAUUUGCUGUUGCUGUGUUGGUUUUCAUGCUUGUAUCACAAAUGAUAGCGGGU